AUGGCAGACUCGGGAUUGAUGAAGCUAGCAAAGGAUUGGUGUAGAAAAGAUGACAUCCCCAUAGGUAGCGCACUGCUCCUUGUUGGUGAGAGAGGGCUAGAUGAGUCCACAGAGGCUCUGGCGCUAGCGCUCUCCAAGACCAUAAAACACCUCGUGGGAGUCUCAAGGCAGGAGCACCAAAGCAUCACACACUUACUUUGCGAGUUCGACCAAGAAGUGGCUGAAGUAGUUUUGCCCCCCUCUGAGACUUUUAGAGUCAGUGUGGAAGGGAAUGAAAUCAAGUUCUGCACUCACCGAUUGGUUGACCAGCCACCUAAAUUCAAGUCCCGUGUGAUGUUGAAAGACUCGGAGAAAGAGCCAUGCGUAGAUGAAGCGACAAAAGCAACUCUGACAAAGGGUUCGAGUAAGACGCACAGCCAAGUUCUAUCUUCUUGCAGUGUUUCAGGCGGGAGGAAACUUAGGCCAUUCUCAGGUGCUAGAGUACCAUCCAAGGAUGAAGAUCCAUUUGACACUUGGAUUGAAGUAGUUACAGGUCAACUGGAGGAAGAACCAGAUGAUGCUGAGCGACGUAGGAGGUUACGAGAAGCACUUCGGCCCCCUGCAGCCAACAUCAUAACUGAUUUGCGAAGCGACCAACCUCAGGCCACUGCAGAAGAGUAUCUAGCUGCACUUGAAUUGGCUUUUGGUAGCACAGAGUCACCAGAGGAACUUUGUUUUAAGUUCCAGUCUAUGCAUCAACAGCGAGAGGAGGCUCCAUCUGAAUUCUUAGCACGUCUUCAAGCUGUGCUCAGGAAGUUAGUUCGCAAGGGUGGUGUUAAGAGAGAAAAGAUAAACUCUCUGCUUCUGGAUCAGUUCAUCAAAGGGAUCCUGUACACUGACAUUCUCCUUGUCAACUUGCGACUGAAGGAUGCCCGCAAUAAACCACCUCCAUAUUUGAAGUUGUUGCAGAUGGUUAGACGGGAGGAGGCAGAACAGCAGGAGAAAUUGCAGCAGCGAGCAGACAAGCCUGUUGAAACCCUUUCUACUACCACAACACCUAAAAGUGCCAAGUCUCUUAGCCACUACACUGAGAAGAAGAACUACAACAGACGAGUUCGACCUAAUUUCUGCUACGGUUGCGGAGAAGAGGGCCACUAUAAGGGAAAGUGUCCGAAUACGCCCAACUUUGAGAAAGUGAACGACAAGCUCAUCAAAUUCCUACAGGGAAAUGACAAAGGGCAUCUGACGGGGUCCAAUCAGACGCCCAACACCAGCCAGUAG